AUAAAAGAAAGAAACUCGACUCUAGUUAGUUAUCCCUCCCUCCAAAAAGAAGGCCAUGGCCCUUUCGACCCUCCCCAUUUUUUCUUCACCAUUUCUCUUCCCUCUCAAAACCCCGAAACCCUUUAAACCCCAAAAACCUCUGACGAUAACUUGCAGUUCACAAGAACCGAAAAGACCCUUCAAGGCCCCACAAAGACCCACUUCCAGAAACAGGAAAAGAAGACCAUAUGGGACCUCUAGGAGGUCAAUUCUCAAGAAAACAUUCACUCAAGAGCAGGUCAAGUUCACUGCGAGUGUCUCUGAUGACCCUCACGUGGGGAUUGUUGGUGGAGGAAUGGCUGGUCUGGUUUGUGCUUUGAGCUUGGAGAAGAGAGGUGUUAAGUCCACUGUUUUUGACACGGGUAUGCAUGGAUUGGGAGGAAGAAUGGGAACUAGGGUCAUUGAUCCCCAACAACUUAUAUUUGAUCAUGCUGCUCAGUUCUUUACUGUGAGUGAUUCUUGGUUUGCUGAGCUAGUUGAUUAUUGGUUGGAGAAAGGUUUGGUUCGACAGUGGCAAGGUUUAGUUGGUGCACUUGAAUUGGGUGGUCAUUUUGUUCCUCUUCCUCCAUCACCACCAAGGUUUAUAGGUGUUAAGGGAAUGCGCCCUUUAGCAGACUCAUUACUUUCAGAGACUUCUAUGGUCAAUGUGGUGAGACCUUGCUGGAUAAGUAAACUUGAGCCUUUUAAUGGGAUGUGGCACUUGAGUGAGAAUGGAAAACCUUGUGGGCAGUUUGAUGCAAUUGUUAUUGCUCACAAUGGAAAAUGUGCAAAUCGCUUGCUUGCUUCGUCAGGUUUACCCCUGAUUGCUAAACAAAUGAAGAGGCUAGAAUUGAGUUCUAUAUGGGCCCUUCUUGCAGCAUUUGAGGAUCCCCUUCCUAUUGGAGAUGGUAAAGUGACAUUUGAAGGAGCCUUUGUUAAGGGAGUUGAUUCUGUCUCUUGGAUGGCAAACAACUCAAUGAAGCUUUUGGGUUCUCAGAGUAAUGGUCCUCACUGUUGGACCUUUUUCAGCACUGCAGCAUAUGGAAAAAGAAAUAAGGUUCCUCAGGAAAAUAUACCGACUGCAACAGCGGAGAAGGUAAAAACAAGCAUGCUUGAGGGUGUUGAAGCAGCACUUGGACUACCAAAACAAUCACUUCAGAGACCUUUUUACUCAAGAGUCCAGCUAUGGGGUGCAGCUCUUCCAACUAACACUCCAGGUAUUCCAUGUAUAUUUGAUCCUGAUGGAAGGGCUGGUAUUUGUGGUGAUUGGUUAUUGGGAUCAAGUUUAGAGUCAGCAGCUUUAAGCGGCAUGGCUCUUGGCAAUCAUAUUGCAGACUAUUUACAAAGUGAUGAGGCUUGUCCCGAGGAGUUUGCUGUUGGUUUAGAGAAGGAAUUUCAGGCAAUUCAAGGACAUGAUAUUGGACAAUUUCCAGGGGUUGAAUCCUCAAGACAAGACAGUGAAAUGCCUGCAUAUCAACUUGCCACUUAAAACCCAGUGUUGAACCUUGAAAGAUUCCUGCAAAAUCCAAGCUUCAGGAGGCAUCGCCAUUGAUCACAGGGACCUUGGCAAGCUCCAGUCAUCAUUCAAACAGUUACAUACUAGAUUUUGAGCUUCACGUAGAAGAUUGCUCUGAUGCUCGAAAACUGAAAACCAGGUGGAAUUUCUGGAGGUUGCACUGGUUCUGGUUCAAAUUCAUAUCACGUUGGUUCUGAAGCCUAAAAGAUGUACUUCUCUACCUUACACACGGCAAUAGAAGAAACAUUGGUUUUGGUUCA